ACUACACGCACAUACAUACAUAUUAUGGCUGCCUCCGCUGCUUCCCAGUCUGCCCUCACUCGUUUCAUCAACUCACCUGCCGGCCCAAAGACAAUCCACUUUUGGGCUCCUGCCACAAAAUGGGCCCUAGUUAUCGCUGGUGUAGGAGAUCUCAACCGUCCUGCAGAGAAGCUUAGUUUGACCCAAAACUUGUCUCUCUUGGCUACCGGCCUUAUCUGGACUCGUUAUGCUACCGUCAUUAUCCCCAAGAACAUGACCCUCUGUACAGUCAACAUGUUUGUUGCUGCCACAGGAUUCGUCCAGGUUGCACGUAUCUUAAAGUAUCGUCAAUCUGAUGAAUACAAGGCAAAGGUGGCUGCUGGUUUGGCUUAAAAAUGAGAUAUAUGCGUAUAUAAAAAAACAUAUACACAUUAAUAUACAUAUACAUAUUUAUAUACAUACAUAGAAUCACACAGAAACUAUUGGGAUUCGUGUGUAGAAAAUAUCAAGCUUUGGAAAUAAAACGCCAGAGUUGGGAGAU